AUGAACAACGUUAACGAGAUUUUUGACGAUGAAGAUGACGAGGAGGAGAAGAAAAGCCCAGAAGAUCGAAAAAGGUUGUUCAGAAAAGAAUUGAGCUCUAUGUUAUAUGGUUUUGGCGAUGUAAAGGUGAGGACUUGAAUUAUUAUGGUUUUUUUUUGUUUUUAGGGCUUAAAAAAUUUUCUUUCAUCUUUGUCACCGAAAAUAGCUGAAUUUCGGCUGAAACUUGCGUAUAAACAAUGAGUGCUUUGAGCUAUAAAUUUUGUUUACUCUAGCAAAGCACGUAAAUUUAUUUUAAAUGUUUUUAUAGGAAACAGAUGAAGCAACUUUGGAAGCGUUGGAGAAGAUCGUCAUGGAUUAUAUCGAAAAGUUGUGCAAGAAAGCUUUGAAAGUGGGGAAAGGCAACAGACUGGGACUUGAUGACAUUUAUUAUUUGAUUCGCCGUGAUCGAAGGAAGUUUGCUCGUGUACGAGAGUUGUUAUCAAUGAGCGAAGAACUGAAGAAGGCGCGACGAGCUUUCGACGAUGCCAAGGAGAUCUGA